AAGGUCAAGGUUACAAUAUGACCUAUGGGAGUAUUGUGUAAUUCCAUUGGGCUGUGCCAUGCUAUUCUCCAGCGCAUGUGAUGUAAGAGGAAAGCUGUCUGUGGUCACAGAAUGUGUUCUAUCUGCCUGGAGAUUUACAGCAGCACAGGAGUAAACAUGAAUUCAGAACACAGAGCGACAAAAAUAAACAACAGCUGGCAAAGCGAUGAGUAAUGACCGGUUUCAUGGGCACACUGGAGAAGAGGGCAGUAAUCUGUAUGCACACAGCCCCAUGUUAAUCGUCACAUCCAUCACCAUGGCAAUGGAGCCAGAAUAUAAAAUCAUGCACUACACCGACUGAAUCGGAGGACAGCAGAAAAGAAGCCAAAUGUGAUUAAAUGUGAAAACCAUUGCCAACAUAUCAUUAGCCAUUUAUUCAGGAUGGAAGAAGACUUGCAACCACAGCCUUGAGUCAAAUGUGCUAUGGGCACUACGGUUCAGCUGGCACACAAUCAAGAGCAGAAGCAUAUGGACCAAGACACGGAUCAGCACAUAGUGUACGUUUGAAUUAAAGAAUCAGAAUUCCCUUUCGACUGUGGGUAAACCAAGUGGGCUACACCUCCCCUUCCGUCAUCACGCUCCCCUCCCCUCUCCAUGCCUCCAGCGCUUCCCAGUCUCUGGUUCACUCGUCUCUGUUUACCUCUCUGCUAAUCCCUUGCAUUGCGUGGUCUCUCUCUCUUCCCUACAUUCUCUCGAUCGCUGUCUCUCCUCCCCUUUCAUGCUCAGAGCCAGAGGGCUGCCACACGACCCACUCUGCCUGCUAUAUGAUCUCGUGGAAAACAGAGCUCCGUGUCUUUGUAGCCGCUUGCUACUGCUCGAGCCUUUGUAGAUUGCAAUCUAGGAGACAAGGAAAGAUGCCUUCACGACAACCCUGACUCCUGUCAUCUCCAGAUGCACCCCUGUCCCCUUUCCUAGUAUCUCGCCCCCUGUCCCUUUACCCCAUCCCCUCUCCUCUACUCUCCAAACCUCCCUCUCUUAAUCCCCCCAAUCUCCCCUUCACCUCGCACCCUCUUGACAAUGUUCUCAUGUGUUCGCUGGUUUCAGCCUUUCCUUGCCUUGCUAUCCUCUACCUUGUUAACUUGGGGGUACAACUGCCCAUCCAGCUGCUUGUGUCCAGACCAUCACACCGUGGACUGCACAAGUCAAGGGCUCACCCGUCUUCCAGACUCCAUCCCUUUGGACGUACGGAGACUACUUCUGUCUAACAACUGGAUUCCCUGGAUCCCUUCUGAUUUCCUGGUUCUCUACAGUGAUUUGGUCUACCUGGAUCUGAGGAAUAACUCCCUAACAAAGCUGGAGCCUGGGACUCUGAGUACAUCCUCCAGACUGGUCUAUCUGGACCUGGGGAGCAACAACUUGACUGAGAUCCCCUCGGGAACUUUCGGGGAGUCCCGCAGUCUGAUCAAGCUACGACUCGGGAACAAUCCUUAUUUGAAUAUGGUCAGCAAGGACGCCUUUGCGGGCCUCACCUCCUUACGAGAGCUCGAGCUAGAGAGGAAUGCCCUCUCUGGCCUGGACAUCGGGGUGUUGAGCCAGUUGCCUUCUUUGCGGGUGAUACGCCUGGAAGGGAACCCCUGGGUGUGCAAUUGCAACUUUGCCAAACUCUUUCUGUGGCUAUUGGAGAAUCGUCACAAGCUCCCAUCUGGGUUAGAGGGUAUGGAGUGCUCUCUUCCAGGGGACGGGCGGCAAGUGUCCCUCAGUGUGCUUUCUGAGGACAGUUUCCGUGAGUGUCUGGGAUUGCUGACUCUCUCUGAUUAUCUCAUAGUCAUUUUCUCUGGAAUUUGUAUUUCAGUGGCAGCCAUUAUUGCCAGUUUCUUUCUGGCCUCCACUAUCCACUGUUUCCAGCGGCUCAAAUCCAAAAGGACAGAUGAAGAGGAGGCAGAGGACUGAGGGGACUAAUUGGACAGAAUGGAGAUUACAAAUUUCCCAUAAUGCACCACACAGUGGAAGCCAAGGGAUUGGAUAAAGAGGUGAAAAACCUUAUUUCCAUGACAAAAGAACCCUGAAUUAGGCCCCUGUGUGACUAAGGUGAGGCUGCUAGAGCCGUCUCACAUCUCACAACCUUCAUCUGUGAUUCUUGAAUGGAGCAUCAUGUUUUUAUACUUGAACACCAAUGAUUGAAUUGAGCCUUAAGACUAAAACUGUUCCUGAAAACGCAGUUUAUGAAUCCACUGUUUAAUGCCCCUGUAUUCAAAAUUGAUCAGCAUUAUAUUUUGACAUCAAAUAGCAACAAUGGUCUUUUUAUGGAAAUGUGAGUUAGUUAGUAUUUUCUACAUGAGUUAUUUUUGGUAUUGUGUACAUGAAUCUUGCUCAGUUUUAGUAAGGUUUAGCUACUUGCACUUUAAAGUACAGAUGACAUUGCACACAAUCCCAGUGAGCCAGACUGUAAGCCACUUUUCAUAAAUCAUAAUGCCACUUAUCACCAAAGAAUAAAUGAGCAUAUAUUGUGACAUACAUGUUUUUCAUGUAAAGGGUUCAAAACACCAAUCAAUUCGGUUUUAUUACAAAUAACACAAGACAUGUUUGGUUAUUGACGACUUCAUAAAUGUCAUGCAUACUCUGAAUAUGCUUGUUGUAGUUACAGAU